AUGUUUAUCACGGUGAUGUUUGGGGCCGGCUGCUGGGAGCUGGUGAACCCCUGGUGCAGCCUGGUGACCCUCACUGCCCACCUGAGGCGGAGGGGGCAGGUGCCCCCAGAUGUGACCAUCGCCCUCCUGGCUGAGGACGGGCACCUGGUGAGCCUGGGUGAGGGACUGGAGGAGGAGACUUCCCUGACGCCCUUCGUGGGCAGCCCCCUGCUGCAGGAGUGUGGCACAUAUGUCCUGGUGCAGGUCAUCAAGGGGGAAGACGGGGCCCCCACCCGCUAUGAGUCCAUGCUGGAGAACCUGGAUGACUGGUAUCCAGAGCUGGCAGAGGAGCUGCGCUGGCUGUCAGGCCUGCCCUCCGUGGGUGAUGGCCGGAGGAGGCGUGCAGGCACUCAGCGUGGCCACCAGGAGCAAGGCCCUCCUUCAAGGCGAAGGGUGGGCUCCCUGCUGUCCAGGACCCGCCAGCUGGGCCAGGAGCCAGGGAUUCCAGCCCCAGGUGUCAUACGCCCUUGAGAUCACCUGCUGAUGCCUCAUCCCCGUUUGGACUGCCCGAGACUGAUUACAACAGGAUUACAAGGUCACCCUCCCAACCCAGGACACCAGCUCACAGUGAAGCAUCUUCCCUCACCCUGCAGACAGUCCAAUGACAGAGGACACAGCAGACUUGGGUCUAAAAUAAACUCUUUUAAUUGCACAUUUUUGUCUCGGGUCACCUAGGGGUUGAGAAACCCCCUCCUCACUCCUAGUCCCAGUUACACGGGUACAACCUGACGUCAUGGUCUGGC